GGAUAAUGUUUGUGAACGCAUCUGACCACUGAGAUAGAAGAAGCCAAAAAUAAUAAUAGAUCAUAAUGCACCAUCCAGUAUAGUAUUGUUUGUAUGAUUUCCUACAAGGCAUGCUACCGCAGUGAUUGGCCAAAUUUGCCAUGUCGUGGUCCGACAAUAUUCUCUAUUUUUGCUAAAGACAGAAUCUCAUUAAUUCAAAAGCUGUCAAAAUAUUGUUUCACUCGGGAAGAGAGAGCGACAGACGGUUUGGAAAACCAACGUAAAAAAAUACUGAACAACAACAACAACAAAAUCGUAGUCUUCUCUACGCUGCCCUAUAAAAAUUGAUUGUGAGAAGCAAUGACAAAUACCUCUUCUUGGAGCUAUGCUGAGAACGGAUUCGGUAAGUUGGCCGCAAAGGUUGGUAUUUCAUGGAUUCGGUUUACUCUUCAUUCAAACAAUAAAAUAGAUUUGUAAGGUAGGUACUCUACAAAAUAUUAAACAUGGAUUUCAUUUUUCAUCGAAGUAGCGCGUUUUGUCGUGUUGAAAAUUUUUCUGUCAUAACAGACUACGCAAUAUGUCAAAAACAAAUUUUUCCCCUGAUUUCGCGGCCGUCAUUCAGAUAAAAUUCCGAGAGUUGAAGUUUAUAAUAGACGACACAAUUGCAAAAGGUUUUUCGAGCAUUCCGUUUAUUUUUCUAAUUAUUGAGAAACAACAGUUCAAACAACAAAUGUCUUGUUUUUAAAGUAUGUUCCGGUUUAAUUCUCUUCCGUUGACUUAAUAUGUGGUUGAAACUCCAAUAUAAUUCACAGCAAGAAAUGGUUUUUGGCUUUUCACGCUGAAUACGUGCUCCGUUAUUUAAAUCCGAAGUAACUGGAUUUUUGGCAAAGCCCACUGAAACAACACUUUAAUUUUCAAAGUUUCUCAAUAAAUUUUAUUUCGUUUCACAGCACUAAUUUAUGAGAUGCUGAACCGAAGAAAGUUUAUCUAUCUGUUAAAAAUUUAGCUAAAAUUUAUUUCAAAAUAUUGAAGUAAUAGAGGUGCUAAUGGGGGAGACUUUUCACUUUGCCGUCUAAAUGUGAACGAAUUUCACAUCUUCAUUUUUAAUUCGCAAUACUGCAGCAUAUAUGUAUUUAAAACUACAAGAAUACUGAAUCAAAAAUCCCAGUGUGGUUUUAUUUCGAUUUUUACCAGAAAAAAUGUAAUGACUUUGGAUGAUUUGCUAUACCAGUCCACAGGUAGAAUACUUUAAUGGGUAGUUCAAUAGCAAGCUCAUAAAAUCAUCAAAUAUUAAUUCAGUCAGACUCAGGAAAUUAUGUGCAUUGUUUAAGGCCCUCGUUGCUGGCACGAGCGCUUCAAGAUCGCCAACGGAAAUUUGCAGUCGCCGAUUAAUAUCGAAACAGCACAGGCAAAGGAAGGAAACAGUGUUGGGCCAGUACAGUUCAAGUAUAUAAGCAUCCGCGAUAGUACAAUUACAAACGAUGGAAGACAACUGCGAAUCACUUUAACGAGAAAUGAAUCAGGUAUGAAAAAAGCAUAUUAUAUCUUUGAUUAACCAACAAAAACACUGAUCAACCCUUGAUUUGCUUGUUCGUGACUAAAAUGAGCUAGCUUUGAGCUUUUAAGGAUCUAGAGAUUGAUUGAAACAAUAACACUCUAGUGUGUCGUGUGUAGUGUGUCUAACACUCAAUGUCCUUAGGUACUAUAAUAUUGAUUUUCUGUCACAAUUACUUAUUUUUGAGUCCCCAUAAUACGCUCUGUUUAAUUUACCCUCCUAAAUUUUGUAAAACCUUUAUUUAAUGCCCCUGGAAGAACACCGUUUGAAAACAACAACUUAUACAAAACUUGGGCGACAAAUGGAGUGUAUUAAUAAUAUGCGGGGAGAUUGGAAAAUAAUCAAUUAUGUGAGUUUGAAUGCCAUACUAAAAUGUAUCAAAAACUGCCACCAAUAUAAGCCGGAAAUGAUAAUUUGGUUGCCAUCCUAGCGGACGUCAAAUUCCUGUAUUUACAUUAAGGCCCUGAUAUUGGGUUCCCAUCCACUCAAGUGCCAAGAUUGCGCUGUAAAAGUUUCCGUUUUAACACGAGCAUUUGAAAGCAAAACUGCAUUUGAAAACAAUAACUUAAGCAAAAUUUGAGGGAACAGAGUGCACUAUGGGGUUAGGAUUCGAAAAUAGUCAACUAUGUGGAUUUAGAUUCAACACUAAAAAUGUAUCAAAACCUCUGAACAAUAUAAGCCGGAAAUGAUAAUUUGUUCGCCAAUCUAGCGGACGUCAGAUUCUCGUAUUUAUAUUAGGGCAUUAAAGAUAGACGGUUCUCUUCCAAGUAAGCACCAAGAUUGCUCUGGGAAAGUUUCCGUUUCGACACGGUCAGUUUAAAUAAUAAAUAGUACUAAACAUUCCGAUGUACACCGCACAACGGUUAGAUUCGAGAGAGAUUGACCCCCGAGUCCCAAAGUAAAAUUGAAUGAAAGUAAAUAAAAAGAAUUAAAAUGGAGAAAAAACAUUUAAAUCUUUUUAUAUUAUCAUUUGCGCACAGAAUUAUAUAGACGUCUUUUACAUGAUCAAGAACAUCAAUAUAUAUGUAUAUAUAUAGAUAUUGUGUAAUCAUUACUAAUAUCGGCCAUUCGUAAGCUGGGUUUUCCGACUCUUUAUUUGCGUUAAGGGUUUCGUUGUAUUAAAACCUUGGUAUUAGAUCAGUUAUACUACUACGUGAGAAAAUUCUGCAAUUUGAUUGGCUUAGAGCAGUGGUAUUUCAGCUUAAUUUGAAAUACCUACAUGUGAAAACCUUUGCGGGUAGUAGUAUAAACAAAUAAAAGCAUGAUUUGUACGUGGUUUUGGCAUAAAUACCACUCGUGACAUUUCAAAAACUGUCUAAAAUUUCACUCGCAUAGCGGCUCGUGAAAUUACGUAUAACAAUUUUGAAAUAUCACUCGCGGUAUUUAUGCCCAAUAUCACUACAAAUCAUGCUAUUUCCUAUACUAAUAUUGCAUAAUCUGAUCACUGAAGCAAAAUCUCUUCGAAGAGAUUAGGUUUGCCGUAUGCCUUACUUGGCGUCGAGUGGGGGCUCCAGCGCGAAGUGCGAAACACUCGCGAGAGGCGGGAAAAGGGGCAACAAAAGAAAACAAAAAAUCAAAAAGAGGGAGAGAUACAGUGUGUUGUGCUCGCCGCCCCGAAUACCCGCAUGAUGUCUUUGUACAAUAACCUUCAGUUUGCAAUUUUUAUAACAGCCCCGGAAAUCUACAUUUUUAAGGGUAUCGCCUUCAAAUGAACACAGCUUGAAACAUGCAAAGAUAGCCAUUAAAAGUCUUUGAAAUAUGCAGAAAAAGAAUCAAUGUAGAAUCGAUAUUUAUUGUUUCUUGUCAGUUGUAACAGGUGGCCCACUAACCGACCGAUACCAGCUUGCAGUAAUCCGAUUUCACUGGGGAAAUGAUAACUGUUCAGGCUCUGAACACUCGGUUGAUGGCCACAAUUAUCCAUUAGAGGUAUAAAUCACAAUCGUGCAUUAUGAUCAACUAAGGUGAAUUUUAUAUUUUUAAGAAAUGAAAGCGACUAACAAGAUCAUGAUCAUGUUACUAAAAAGAAUGAAAUAAAAAGGGUGGAGAAAAUUUCAAUUAAGAGACAUCUAUUAUAGAUUCUUAUGACUGGACGAUUUCAAAAUGGUGGCAUAGUGGAAAUUUUACUCGGGCCCGAAAAAAAUUCACAUCUUUUUUUUCUUUACACUUCGUAGAAGAAGGAUAUUUAUUGCAAGUUAGACAUUCUCCGAAAGACGAAAACACACAAAAAAACUAAACUCAACAUUACGCAUUGCGCGCACGUAAGUAAUGAGAAACAUAAAGUCCAUGUAGCAAUCCGAAAGUAAAAUCGUAUGCCGCUAACCACAAACAGGUUCAGCUUAUUCAUUGGAAUGCAGAUGUGUAUAAGAACAUUGGAGAAGCAAUCACAGGAGAAAAUGGGAUAUGCAUAAUCGGACUCUUAUAUCAGGUAAGCCAUGGCAAGUAUAACUAAAUGGUCUAUUGUUACUGUAAGACCAACACAAGGGCAACACAAACAACUGAGUUGUGCUUCAUUUAGGGUUCAGGGGUUACCUGGAGAAAAAGGUUUGGAUGCCCUUUCAAUUUCUUUUACGUUCCCUUGGAAGUGAUACUACGGGAGGAUUAAGAAGACACGAUCAAUAGCUUUUUAAAUGUCAUUGCCCAAAUAUGUGAUCAGUUGAACUGAGAAGAGGCCUUAAAACACAACCAGACCUCUUACUAGUGUUUCAAAGACCUUUAACUUCACCAGUGCUCAUGCAACUGAACUAACCUGGCGGCAGGGUUUAUUAGAACCAUUGCUCCAUAUAUUUUUUAAUUUUUUUUUUCUAUGACUAACAGACUGAGAUCGAAAAGUUUCAAAAGGGUUGCAGAUUGUAUCCAACAAAUAGCCAUCAUAAACCGUCAUUGAACUAAUGAUUCACGUGUCGUUAGGUAACAGAUGAGGACAAUGAAGGCUUAGCACCAGUUAUUAAAUUACUUUCUAGGGAUGAGAACAAGGUAAGGCCUAAUCCACGAAAGACGUUGUUAAGCCAGAUUGAUUGUUUGAUAAAUAUAUCGCGAUUUGUUUAAUCGAAUGAGCAAAUAAAUAAAUAAACAAAUAAAUGAACAAAUAAAUAGCCGAAAAAAAAAAAGAUUUAGUGACAGCGCGGGUGGGCGGCACAGUGGUUUUUCGUCUGCCAUUGUUCUUGAUCGAACAGAAAAUGAUAAUUUUUGAGGCGAGGGCAAAACCGAAGAACGCUGAGAACAACUACGGUGCUCUUACUUACUGCGAGUAUUUGGAAUGUUUUAUCGUUGUUUGGACUGGCAAUGACUUAGCGAGUGAUCGGAGACAGUUAUUACAAUAUUAUGUCAUUAGAACAACAGCUUAAGUGAUCUUUACUUUUAGGGGUGCUUUUCCUUGGAGGUAAAAUCUGCCAUAGACCCAAAUAAAAUCAUUGCAGGUUAGUUAAUGUUAUUAUUUGUUCUGGUUAUUUUACCACUUUGUAAAAUAACAUUUGUACAGUGGUGCUCAAUACUGCUAAAAUGUUUCAACUGAGCUGAGAGGCAUUCAGUAGUUUUUCAGGUGUUAAGUGGAUGCCUCGAUGACUUAAGGAAAACUGAGCAACAGCAUUUUUGUUUUUGUUUCUUUGACUUUACUGGGUAUUACAAUCAUUAUUUUUGAUGGAAUGCUCGUACCAUGCCCCAUUGAAAGAGUUAUUUUGACAACGUCUCUGUCUGCCAGUCUAUUUGGGUUUUUCACAUAUGGAUGGCUAAUGGGAUCUCUUACUAUAAUAAGACUCGUAUCGCUGAAGUACAAACAAAGAGAGCUUAUGUUAAGUGUUUAUAUGGUUCAAUGCAUCCAUACCCUGAUAUUUAUUUUCCAGAUAUGAACUCUUACUGGACAUACCAGGGCUCUCUUACUACACCUCCGCUAAGUGAAAAUGUCACGUGGUUAAUAUCGCAAAAUAUCAUGGGCCUUUCUGAGAAACAGGUUAGUAUGGUGAGGUUGCGAAAACAUGCCAUACAGGGAAACCAAGGCAGUUUGCUGAUUUUACAGUUCAUAUUGACAGUUAGUUACACGCUCAACUUGUUCUACGAUGGACAAAGUAUUGACAAGGUGUCCUUUCUUGAAGGUCAAAAUAUCUAUUUAAGAACGGCAGGCAUCAAAUUCUCUUUAAAAAUCUUCAAUUUGUGCUAUUUACAGAUGAAUGCGUUCCGCAGUAUUCGAAACAGCAUUGGAGAAUCUAUGGCAGACCACUGUAGACCAGCUUGCCCGCUCAACGAUCGACCGGUGUUAUCCUGUGCGUGUGUUGUAAAGAGCACCAGUAUGGACAAUAAUAAUGAAGUUGAUAGCGGUGUGGAAGAUAAAGAGGAUCUUUCCGAAGAGAUUGGUGCAAGCGAAGAAAAUGAAAACCUUGAAGAGAUCAAUGGUUACAACGAUGGUGCUGUUGAUAACGUUGAUGCCGAUGAAGGUGCAGAGAAAGGCGGAAAAGAUGAAAAUACAAAUCAACAAAUAAAUAUUGACGACAAUGCAGACACGGCCAUGAAUGAUCAAGAUGCAAAUUUCCAUGGCAACCAGGUGAUAAGUGAUGUUGAGGAUGACACCGAAAGCGUUUUGUAUGAUGAAAAUGCUAACCGCCAUGCGAGCGAUGAAAAGUGUGGUACAGUCAUCUUAGAUGAUGGACUUUUGGAAUUGAUGAACAAACUUGCUGAAUGA